AGAGAUUAAACGUGCGAGAAAUAUAAAAAAAUUUAAUUCAAUUUUUCUUUAAGAAUAAAAUAUAAUAAAGUGCGAACCAAUUAUCAAACUUGAUUAUAAUUUGGAAAAAAUGUGAAAAAGUUUUUAAAAGUUUAAAUUUGUCAACAUUAAAAAAUAAACUCAAAGAGAAUUUUAAAAAUUAAAUAUGAAAUCGACAACAUUGUUCUCGCUUUUAGUGAUGAUGAUUCAUUCAUCCAAUGCCAGUUGGGGUUCACCAGGUAGCAGUCAAUAUCAUAUUCAAACUGAUGAAGGACCUGAGCGGUUUUUUCGUUACCAAACUGAUAAUGGACAAUUCAGAAAAGAGAAACGUUUGCAAGAUGGAACAGUUAUUGGAACAAAUGCAUGGAUUGAUGGGUUUGGAUAUCUUCGACAAAACGAUUACAUUGCUGAUCAUGCUGGAUAUCGCAUACUCAAAGCGAAAACUGUUUUUGUAGGCAAAGACCGCUCCAUUGAGGAUGCAAUGAAAGCUGCUAAAAAAGCUCCAGCAAGUUCAGGUAUUCUGGUUCCCAGUCAUCAAAGUCCCCCAUCCGUCAAUUAUGUUACAACAACGCAAAGGCCAAUUUCGACAACUUCUACAUACUCUUCGAGUCCUGGAUACUUUUAUCCCAAAUCACCAAAUGUGUUCAUUCAAACACAUUCGCAACCAGAUGAAGGAUAUUUCAGGACAUCUAACAAUUUCGAUCAGCCUGCUAUUUCAAUACCAUCAAAUGACAUUCAAUCACCAUCAGUAAUUUAUUUGCCACCUUAUAAAGCGGGGACGUCAAAUGAACUUCUUUCAUCUUCCACUCCGGCACCUAAAAUUACUGACGAGUCUCAUUUACCUCCAAUAGCUUAUUAUCCAUCUUCAACUGAAAGCCCAUUACAAUUGAAAAACUACGUUUCUUCGACAACUGUAAAGCCAAUUCAAGAUGAAUCGAAUCUCCCGCCAAUUGCUUAUUAUCCUUCGUCCACUCAUAAUCCUUUAGACGUUAAUAACGUUCUUCCAUUAGCAAGCACACCAGCGCCGAUUUUGGCAAAUGAUUUGUCAAAAGAUCUUCUCCCUCCCAAAGAAUACGGAGUUGUAUCAAUUCAACCAAAGACACGAUUUGCAUAUCGCCCCACUUACCAAUAUCAAUCUACAACAGCCAGCCCUCAUUUUGACUAUAGUCGUAACACUAUCGAUUCGAAUUCUCACCAGAAUCCAUCAAAUGUUCCAUUGUUUGAUCGAAGCAAAUAUCAAGAAACUCCGUAUUAUGAUGGCGUUGGAGUAACAGCUAACGGUUUCCGAUAUUAUCUUCCACGACAAUAUCAAGAAGAAGUCAGUAAUAACGAUGGAAGCCGAGAUGGGUCAUUUGGUUAUAUUGAUCCAUUUGGUAUUCGCAGAGUUAUUUAUUAUAACGCUGGUAGAAAUGGCUUUAUUCAUCGUAAAAAUAAUCGAUAUGUUGGUUUACACUCAACACCAUACGAUCCGAGACCGAAUUAACAAUCGACAUACUCAUAAGUCUACUUUUAAACUAUUUUUAUUUCCUUGCUGUCUUCCUACGAAACUUUCGCGUUGAUAACGCUGCAGAAUUGUGAUUAAUUUAUUUAACAUCAUGUUACCUAAAAAUAAACAAAAUGUUACGAGAAUUCUUGUUAUUUCACAUCCAGUUUAGAUUAAACUUGAAAAAUGAACAUGAUUUCACUGCUGUCAAGUGAUUAAAAACAAUUUAAUUAAUUAACAAAUUAAUCCAAGCUUUAAAUGUACGAAAAAGAAAAACUGACCAAUUUCCUUUAAUCUAAGGAAUUUCAUUUUUACAAAUAAUAUAAACUUAAGCGCCAUAACACUUGAAUAAGUUUAAUAUUCCAUUCAUUGUUAACAUAACACAUUUCUAUGUUAUAUUAAAUUGGAAUUAAAUUCACUUGCCAUAAAAUCCUUCAUCACUCAUAAAUACUUUAUCAUAUUUAACGUGGAAAAAUUUCUUUUUAAUCUUUCUAAGAUUUCGAUUUCAAAGAAAUUUUUUAACGAGGUGGAUAUUAAAAAAUAUUUAAGUGAGUUUUUUUUUGCUGAUAGAUGCGUUCAUUGAGCUGUUGAAAUGUUUAAAAAUUCUGUUUAUAAAUUUUAAUUGAAAGUAAAAUCUCACAACAUUAUGAUUCGUGAUAUCAAAAUAAUGGAAUGCAAACGAUAAAAUUUUCUAAGAAAGCUUUAAUGAAAUUCUGUCGCAAAGAAAUCAUUUUCGAACGCUGCCUAUCUAAUUAAAAAUGUGAAAAGAAAAAUUUUCCAAUUAGAUUUAAAAUUUUUAUCAAAGAUAUUUGAAAUUAAAAGAAAAUAAAACGAAAAGUUUUUUGAGUUUCC